CAACAAACAAACAAACAACUCAACACCUCAUAACUUAACUCAUUUGCAUGACUUGAAAAAAAGCUACCACAAAGCAAAAUGCGCCCAACUCAACCCCUCAUCCAAAUCCUCACCCUCGCGGCAACCCUAACCCUGCACCCCCUCAGCGCCCACGCCCUCCUCGGCACCUCCUGCCUCAGCGCCAUAACCGCAAUGCAAGAACUGCCCCUGCACAUCAUCCAGAACGUGCAAACCCACGCCUGCGCCGCCGGCUGCCAGCCCAAACUCAGCCACUGGACCCAAUUCGGCAAGCAGGCCGUCCUCGAGCCCGUCGUCGCUGACGGCGCCGCCCGCUGCAGCCUGCCUGACGGCCAGGCCGCCAUGGUCGACUACCUCGACGCCGUCUACCGAAGCGUCGAGGCCCAGUGCCAGGACUUCCUCGCCCCACGCAGCCACUUCUGCGAUGACCCUGGUGCUGCGCCCCCGGCUUUUAUGGAUUGUGCGCGUCGGGAGGUUAAUGUUGCCUCUGCGCGCGAGUUGCCCCGUUUGGCGCGGUAUAUCAAUGAGGAGUCUUGUUCGAAGGUCGAGGCGUAUGCUAGGAGUGCUGAGUUGUGGGAUGUGGAUCUUCCGAGGAGGUUGGGGGUUUAUGUGGAGAGAUGUCAUGAGUUGUGA